CGACCGUCCUGUGCCCGUAAUCGCCCUGAGAAAUUUUUCUCAUUUCUUCUUCCUCUUCUGCGCGUGGCCCGCAAGGACCAGGGAAUAGGCUUGAAGUUGGGAUUCUGUGUCCGGGAAAAAGCAUGCCAGACGGCAAUUCCCAGGCGAUCCUCGGGGAUUCUCUCCCGGGAUCGCUGGUGUCGCCGUCCCCAACGCCGGACUCUGCAUUCCAAUCCCCCAAGUUCCAGCCAUUUUGCCGUGACCCCGAGGGAUGGGGUCCCCUGAGCAAUGUUAGAUUCGAUCUGACCCCCUGCUUCCUGGAUCUGGGAGUCGCCAUCGUGGCAGCAUGGGGCGUUCUCAUGGGAGCUGGAGCCUUAUGGUUCCUGUUCAAAAAGCGAGUUCCUGAGCCUGUCUCGAAGAACUGGCACUUCUACGCCAAAUUGACCGUCUUAUCCGCGUUGAUGUUCACGACUGCUCUUCAAGCUGCGAUCCAAGUCGAGACCGAUCCGAGUAACUGGUUUGCCGACUUUCGAUUCUGGAGCUCGAUCCUGGUGUUUGCCUCGCUCGGUGUGAUCUUCGCCGUACAAUAUUAUGAGCAUUGGCGCAGUAGACAGCCGAACGGCGUCGUUCUGUUCUAUUGGCUUUUCUUCGUCGUCGCUCACGGCGUUAAACUCCGGUCGCUCGUUGCACAGCACGCGUACAACGAUCAGCUCCCAUACUUUGUUUGCUUCAACGUGAGCCUGGGACUGGCGAUUCUGGAAUUUGGGCUGGAGUAUCUAGUCCCUAAAAAGCAGAGUGCUUACAAUGCAUUGGGUGAUGAGGACGAGUGUCCGUACGAAUAUGCCGACAUCUUCUCGGUCCUGACUUUUAGCUGGAUGACUCCCAUGAUGAAGUUCGGAUACAACAAUUUCCUGACCCAAGACGAUCUGUGGAACCUUCGACGACGGGAUACAACCCAAGCCACCGGGAACACUUUGGAGGACCAAUGGCAGGAGGAAUUGCAAAAGCACAAGCCGUCUUUGUGGACCGCACUUUUCAAGGCCUUUGGACCAUCCUACCUGCGAGGUGCAAUCAUCAAGUGCGGUAGCGAUUUACUUGCGUUUGUUCAGCCGCAGCUUCUGCGCAUUCUGAUCGAUUUUGUCAAUUCGUAUCGGACGGAUGACCCUCAGCCCGUCAUCCGAGGUGUUGCCAUCGCUUUGGGAAUGUUCAUCGUGUCGGUGUCCCAGACUUUGUGUCUUCAUCAGUACUUCCAGCGGGCCUUCGACACCGGUAUGCGUGUGAAGUCUGGACUGACCGCGAUGAUCUACGCCAAAUCCUUGCGUCUUUCCAGCGAGGGACGUGCCACGAAAACCACCGGUGAUAUUGUCAACCACAUGGCCGUCGACCAGCAACGUUUGUCGGACCUGACCCAGUUCGGUAUCCAGCUUUGGUCGGCGCCUUUUCAAAUUACUCUUUGCAUGAUUUCUCUGUACCAGCUCAUCGGCGUCAGCAUGUUUGCGGGUAUUGCCAUGAUGAUCCUGAUGAUCCCGCUGAAUGGCGUAAUUGCUCGCAUGAUGAAACGCUUGCAGCUCACGCAGAUGAAGAAUAAGGAUGCCCGGUCUAGAUUGAUGACCGAAAUCCUGAACAGCAUUAAAAGCAUCAAACUCUACGCAUGGAACACUGCUUUUAUGAGCAAAUUGAGUCACAUUCGCAACGACCUCGAACUGAACACUCUGCGGAAGAUCGGUGCCACCCAGUCGAUUGCCAACUUCACCUGGCAAUCGACCCCGUUCCUUGUGUCGUGCUCUACUUUCACCGUUUUUGCACUGAUCGAUAGUCGACCCUUGACCACAAGCGUUGUUUUCCCCGCGUUGACGCUUUUCAAUCUGUUAACCUUCCCCCUCUCGAUCUUGCCCAUGGUUAUCACUUCCGUCAUCGAAGCCUCGGUUGCCGUCAAGCGUCUGACAGACUAUUUCGAGGCAGAGGAAUUGCAGACCAAUGCUGUCAAGUAUGAAGAUGCAGUUUCUCAUGUCGGGGACGAGUCUGUUCGGAUCAGCGAAGCUUCGUUCACCUGGGACAGAUAUGACGGUACUCAUGUCAUUGAAAACAUCGACUUCAGCGCCCGCAAGGGAGAGCUCAGCUGCAUUGUGGGCCGGGUUGGUGCCGGAAAAUCGUCACUUCUCCAGGCGCUUCUCGGGGAUCUAUGGAGAACCGAUGGCGAAGUCGUGGUUCGUGGUCGCAUCGCUUACGUUGCCCAAGCGGCGUGGGUGAUGAACGCCAGUGUGCGUGAGAAUAUCGUUUUUGGACACAAAUGGGAUCCUGAGUUCUACGAUCUAACCGUGGAGGCAUGUGCUUUGCUGGAUGAUUUCAAGAACCUGCCUGACGGCGAUCAAACCGAGGUUGGCGAGAGAGGAAUCUCUCUCUCUGGAGGACAAAAGGCCCGUUUGACCCUUGCCAGAGCGGUUUAUGCUCGUGCGGAUAUCUACCUACUCGACGACGUCUUGUCCGCCGUCGACCAGCACGUUGGCAGACACCUCAUUAACAAGGUUCUUGGACGCACCGGCAUUCUUAGCAGCAAAACCAGAAUUCUUGCUACAAACGCCAUUCCUGUUCUGAAGGAAGCCGACUUUAUCGGUCUCUUGCGGAACAAGACCUUGAUCGAGAAGGGAACCUACGAGCAACUUCUUGCCAUGAAGGGCGAGGUUGCUAACCUCGUCCGGACUACGAUGAACGACUCGGACGACGAUGGCUCAAGCAGCAGCGAUGACCGCGGCAUGGCGAGUGCUGAAAGCUCGGAAUCUGCUACAGUGACUGAUAAUCUGGACUCCGAAGCCUCCGACCAAGAGGAGGCUGAGCAGGAAAUUGGCUCGCUUCUCCCCAUCCGAUCUGGGCAUCAGCGACGAUCAAGCACCGUGACUUUGCGACGUGCCAGCACUGUCAGCUGGUCAGGCCCUAGACGCAAGCUCGCCGACGAAGAGAACGUUCUGAAGUCGAAGCAAACCCAGGAAACUACGGAGCAAGGCAAAGUUAAAUGGAGUGUUUACGGUGAAUAUGCCAAGAACAGCAAUAUCAUUGCUGUGUGUUUCUAUAUGGUCGCCCUCCUGGGGGCUCAAACCGCCCAAGUUGCCGGCAGUUACUGGCUGAAGUAUUGGUCGGAGCAAAGUGAACUGAACCCGCAUCUCAAGGUUGGAAAGUAUAUUGGCAUCUACUUGGCCUUUGGUCUCGGAUCAUCUGCGCUGGUCAUCGUCCAAAAUCUUAUCUUGUGGAUCUUCUGCUCGAUCGAAGCAUCGCGAAAACUCCACGAGCGGAUGGCCUUCUCAAUCUUCCGUUCCCCUAUGAGCUUUUUCGAGACCACCCCGUCUGGACGGAUUCUCAAUCGAUUCUCGAGUGAUAUCUAUCGUAUUGAUGAGGUUCUUGCUCGCACAUUUAACAUGCUGUUCGGAAACUCGGCCAAGGCAAUUUUCACAAUGAUUGUCAUCGCGUCUGGAACUCCUGCCUUCAUUCUCUUCGUUAUUCCGUUGAGCUAUGUCUACUUCAGCUACCAGAAGUAUUAUCUGCGCACCUCUCGGGAAUUGAAACGCCUGGACAGUGUGACUCGCAGUCCCAUCUUUGCCCAUUUCCAGGAGUCUCUGGGAGGCGUUUCGACUAUUCGUGCCUAUCGGCAGGAGAACCGAUUUACCCUCGAGAACGAAUGGCGUAUGGACGCGAACCUUCGGGCUUAUUUCCCGUCCAUCAGUGCGAACAGAUGGUUGGCUGUCCGUCUCGAGUUCAUUGGCUCGAUGAUCAUCCUGGCAUCCGCAGUUCUUUCGAUCAUCUCGGUCUCGACCGGUACCGGCCUCUCCGCAGGAAUGGUCGGUCUGGCCAUGUCGUAUGCUCUUCAGAUCACCCAAUCCCUCAAUUGGAUCGUCAGGCAGACGGUCGAGGUGGAGACCAACAUUGUCUCCGUGGAGCGAGUUCUGGAGUAUGCCAAUCUCCCCAGCGAGGCACCGGAGGUGAUUUUCAAGAACCGUCCGGCGAUUGGCUGGCCGGCGCAAGGCGCGGUGACCUUCAACAACUACAGCACACGUUACCGCCCGGGACUCGACCUCGUCCUCAAGGACAUCACGCUAGACAUCAAACCCCGCGAGAAGAUUGGCGUGGUGGGUCGUACGGGAGCCGGCAAGAGCUCGCUGACUCUGGCACUCUUCCGUAUCAUUGAACCGGCUCGCGGAAACAUUAGUAUCGAUGGGCUGAACGUGUCUACCAUUGGUUUGUUCGAUCUGCGCGGCCGUUUGGCCAUCAUCCCCCAGGAUCCUGCCAUGUUUGAGGGCACCGUCCGAGAUAAUCUGGAUCCACGGCAUGUGCAUGAUGACACCGAACUCUGGGGUGUACUGGAACAUGCACGACUAAAGGAUCACGUUGCGCAAAUGGAGGGUCAGCUCGAUGCCCGAAUCCAGGAAGGAGGAUCCAAUCUUAGUCAAGGCCAACGCCAGCUGGUUAAUCUUGCACGGGCUUUGCUGACACCGAGUAAUAUUCUGGUGCUUGAUGAGGCAACAGCGGCGGUGGAUGUGGAAACGGAUGCAUUGCUUCAACGCACCUUGCGCAGUAGCAUCUUCUCGGAUCGCACCAUCAUCACCAUUGCCCAUCGCAUUAACACGAUCAUCGACUCCGACCGGAUCGUGGUGCUGGACAAGGGCCGGGUGGCGGAGUUCGACACGCCCAAGGAGCUGAUCAAGCGUGGCGGUAAGUUCUACGAGCUAGUCAAGGAGGCCGGUUUGCUUGAGGGCGAGGGUCUUGCGCUGGUGCAAUGAGCCGGGCAGUUUCCGACGCGAAGUGGUUUAGUGUGGCAACGAUAGCUACGGGGGUCGAUUCUACAGAUUCCGGGUCGAUCCCUCGAGCCGGGGCAGACGACAAGGUGGUCCCCAUUGACCGCAUCUUGGGCCACAAAUGCCUUGUCCCUCGACGUGUGCUUGUAUCCCCUCAGAUUGACGAGGGAUUUCAACGUCCGCGAGGGAUGGGGGGGUGGUUGACCCCCUGGUCAUACGGUAUUAUGAUCAGCCCUCGACCUCCUAGAGUCGGCUCGAGUCCAGGAGGAUAGAAACCGGACCAUACCCAAAAUAAAAGUACGAUUGGGACUUCUGGCGUUCAAAAAGGGAAUUUGCUUCCAUGUGUUUAUAUUCCCGUCUCAUGUCUCGCAUCCCGAGUCCAAAGACGUAUCCUUAACAACAAGAUUAUCACUAAAUAUAAACGAACCACAAAUUGU